UUCCCGCUACAGUGCCGCUGCAGUCUGGUUCUCAUUAAUGACGCCUGGGCGUGACGUUGUAAAAAUCUGGGCCAUUAUACCCGCGGAGCAGACAUCCUCACCGAUUAAAACCUACAGAGGAACCGGUCACAAGCCACGACUCGUUUACGACCACAUCAACUGGGAUCCAGGCCUUUUGAAUAGAACCCUUGUAGCUGAUGCGGCGGCAUGGUGGGAAUGUGGAGGAUGUAAUCUGGCUGAAAACGUGAAGAAAAGGAGGUAUGAGAACUUGGAUGACCAGAGUUUAUGCUCAGCGAGGCCUCGAGAUCAAUGCUUCCCUGGGAGUGACAGCCUCAAUCUCACACGCACCUUUUGCAACUCCUAAGAUAUUAUUCUUCGAGCAGGGUCAACAGGCUCUGAUCAUCGAGGACGAAGGUAUGAUAUCAUAUGAAAGAAUACAGUCAUAUCACGAUCGUUAUCUGUGUAAGAAGAUGCUUCGAGGUCGGAUAUAAUGUUACUCCCGAGCCAAAAUCAAAAAAACA